AUGGACUCAAUAGAGUCUGAUAAUAUCAAUAGAACUGACAACAAUAAUGAAAUGAUAAAACUACCUACAAUGGAGGCGACGGAGGCGAACGAGGAAGUAAACAGUGAAAAAAUAAUCAAACAACUGAAUAAAUCAUCUUUUAGAACAUCUAAUUUUGAAGAUUUAGCUUAUUUGAAAGAUUCAAUCACGAUUUCAGAAUCGGAAUAUCCUGUCAUGGAUGCACAAAACCAAAGCCAAAUACUAAAUGAUUCACCCGAUGAGAACCCUGAGAAUGAUUUUGAGUAUGGUAAACAUGAAGAACAAAUUUAUGAUGAGAUGCCUAGUUUAAAAGGAACUAUUGCAGAUUUAGUAAAAUUUGAUCAAGAGAAUCCUGAAUUGAUUAAUCAUGGGACUAUCAAAGCUUUGAUUGUACAAUUAACCAGUCCUGAAAUCAUCGAUUAUAAUUUAAUUUAUGACUUUUUCAUCACUUAUAGAAUGUUUACUAAUAGUGAAACUAUAAUGAAAUUAUUAAUGAUACGAUUAAUCUGGAGUUUACAAAAUAUUAAUAAAGAUGAUCCUGAAUUGAAUAAAAUAGGGAAAUUGGUUUUGUUAAGAACUUUCGUAGUAUUAAGACAUUGGAUUCUUAAUUAUUUUAUUGAUGAUUUUAAUGAUAAUUUUGGAUUAUGUGAUGAAUUCAUAACCAUUUUGAAUGAUAUUAUCUUUAAAUCACAAUUAAUUAAAUCAGAGAUGGUUUUCGAAAUUAAGAUCUUGAAAGAUUUGAAGAUUCAUUGGGUGAGUCUCUUAAUAGAAUUUUGGGAUGUGGAUAUGAAUUUAAAUCUUUUAACCCCCGAUAUUUUAUACUUCAAAUUACCUUUAACAAGUGAAUUACCAUCGAAACCUAAGAAGUUGGUCAAAAGUAAUACCGAAUUAUCUAUUCAUACCAAUGCCAGUUAUAGAAGAUCAGCUAUGUUAUCGUUAUAUGAUAAUAGAAACUCUACUAACGGUAAUUCUAGGAAUUCAGUUACCAAUGCCAAUACUAAUGUCCAUAAAGUUUUGGUUUUCGAUGAUAACAAAACCAUUGCAUCAGAAAAUCCUCAAUUAUCGAUAAAUAAUUUAUUAAUCCAACAUCAAUCUUCAAGACAAUCCAUUAUGAACAAAAUUAAUCAUUUUAAUUUUAAUUUGAAUUUAAAAUCCAAUAAAGAAAGAAAUUCAGUAUCACCUACCAAUAAUUUAAUAACCAAACAACCUAAAGUAGAACCUAAAUCUCCAUUGAAAUCUACUAACAAACAUAAUAGAAUGAAUUUGAAUGAUUCUUCCAUAGGAUUGAAGAAAACCACUGAUAAUUAUCAACCAACUACCAAUUCUUUACACAAAAUAUCUUUGAAUCCUAUACAGAUUGAUAAUAUCGGUUUUACUACUAAUGGGAACAUUAAAUUACCAUCAUCUAAAAUUUUUAAUAUAGUACCUUCAACUCCAGUAAAGAAAAUGGAUUAUAUAAUACGACAUGAUGAGCUUGUUGAGGAACAAGUGGAUGAAGAAUUGAAUGAUGAUACGUUUGGUAAACCAACUUCACAAUUUUCUCAAUCAGAGAUAUCAAGAAAGAGAUCAUUGAAGAAAAUCCUUGAAGGAUGGAAGAAAUCAGUUUAUCAUAAGAAUCAAAAUUUUGAUCAUUUAAUCAAUGAUGAUAUAAAGAAAGAUUUAAUAGGUGAAAGAUUCGAUAUUUUAACUGCCAGGAUAGUCGAUGAAUUGGAAUUUUUAAUCAGAUAUUAUAUUCAAAGUGAUUCUUAUAACGCUACCAUUGUUGAAGGAGAUACGAUUGAUAAUUCACAACCUAUUGAUAAGGAUGAAAUAGAUAUUGAUGAAUUUGAUAAUUCUGUGGAUUUGAUAGGUUCACCUGCUAAGCAAUAUCAAACCAAUACUAAUAUCGAUACAACCCUGAGUAGAGACGAAGAUGAAAUGGAUAUCAAUGAUUUGAGUGAAUUAAACAUUGUAAAGAUUGAUAAUUUAAUUAAUGAAGAAAAUGGAGAGAAUGAAGAAGAUGAUGACGAAGAAGAAUUCAAAGAUACUAGACAGUCAUUAGGAAAUAAUCCUAUAUCUCCUAAUUUUGUUGAAGAAAUCCAUGAAUUUUCAUUCCAAAGAGCUACCAGUAUAAGUUGGACCAAUGAUGAAGAAAUUAAUUUUGAAAAUUCUCAUAAUAAUGAAUCUAAAGAUAGUGGAAUAAGUUUACCUGAUCCUAAUUUGAACAAUUAUCCACCUUAUUCAUUGAAGAACGAAUCUAGAAUAUCCACCAUUUCAACUCCAAGUAACAUAACUGAUUAUAAUGCAGAAAUUCAUGAUUUGGGAAUUGCCAUGAGUCCACAAAGUAUGAAAGAUCAAACCAAAAGGAUAAGUUUAAUGGAAAAGAGAUUUAGUAGAAAUUCAUCAAAUUCUAUAUUUAGAAGAGAUUCAAUCAAAUCAUACGUAAGUUAUGAUUCAGCGUUUUCUAUUUCCCAACAAUCAAUAUCUGCAGAUGAUGAAGAUAAAGGAUUGAAGAAAAAGGCUGGUAUUAAAGAUUUAAGAAUGUUGGCUGGUUUACCAAGUGAAAGGAAAUCUUUGGAUAAUCCUGUAAGAAUCUUAUCAACUUCUUCACAAAGAAAAUCAAUAAGAUACAGUACAGUUAAAGCAUUAUCAGAAUUACCAUUUAAUGGAUCAACAGAUUCUAAACUUAAGAGAGUAUCUGUCAGUAAUAGUUCAGUGUUUUCAGUAGCCAAGAGUAGAACAUCAAUUGCUCAUUCUAUACAAACAUUAAAUGAUGAUAAUUCAAGAUUAUCAAGAUCAAUUUCCAUGAAUAACUCACAAUCCAACUUAGAUGAUUCAAAACAUUCUAUAGCUAUUCCUGGUAUAAGUAAUAGUGUUUUGAAAGAAUUAGCAGCUAUUCCUGAUGAAUCAUUCCAUUUCAAUCCUAUCGAAAGUGCAUUAGGUAAAUUAGAAGGGAAGAGAUCUCUUAAUGGUAGUGGCAGUGAUAUUACUCAUGUAGAUGAUACACAAGAUAUUCUUGAUGAAAUUAAUAAUGCCAAUACUCAGGAUAUUAUUGAAUCUUCCAGUAUGGUUGAUUUCCAAGAAGAAAGCCCAUUAACACCUAAAACCAAUAAUGAAAUUGAACCAACAACAGUUACAUCAGAUGAAGCUGAUAAUGAUAAUGUAUUUAUAUUUAGUGCCAAUUAUACUGAUUCAACUACCAAACAAUCAUAUUCACCUAAUGAUUUCAAUUUUAAGCAACAAGAAUUUCAAUCACCUAAAAUCAUUUUAGAAAGUUAUAAUUUAUCAAGUGAUGAAUUAAAUAUUGAAAACAUAUUCAAAUUCAAUCAUCACAUAUCCUUUAUUUUAAGUUAUAGUUCACAAGAAUUAAGUGAACAUUUCACUAUAAUUGAAAGAGAUAUUUUACAAGAAAUUGAUUGGAAAGAAUUAAUUGAAUUGAAAUGGAAUAAAGAACUUGAUCCUGUUAAUAGUUGGUUAGAAAUAAUUGUUAAUGAAGAUUAUUAUAACAAUAAUAAGGGGGUUAACCUUGUUAUUUCAAGAUUCAAUCUAAUGGUUAAUUGGAUAAUAUCUGAAAUCUUAUUAACUCAUAAUCAAAUAGAAAGGAUCGGUAUCAUUUCCCGAUUCAUUCAUAUCGCUGAUCACUGUUUAAAGAUUCAAAAUUAUUCUACAUUAAUGCAAAUCUUAUUAGCAUUAACAAGUGAGAAGAUCACCAAAUUGAAAGAAACUUGGAAGAGUUUAAAUCCGGGAGAUAUUUUAAUGUUAAAAAAUUUAGAACAAUUAUCAUCACCCCUUAAAAAUUUUAUAAAUUUAAGAAUUUCAAUUAAUCAAAUUCAACCAUCAAAAGGUGCUAUACCAUUUGUUGGAUUAUAUUUAUCAGAUUUAAUUUUUAAUACCGAAAGACCAAAAUUCAUCAAAUCUCAAAAUGAACCUAUAGUUAAUUUUGCUAGAUUUAGAACAUCUGUUCAUAUAGUUAAAUCAUUAAGUCAAUGUAUUGAAUGGUCUUCAUAUUAUAAUUUAUCAAUUGAUAAUGAAUUAUUAUCAAAAUGUUUAUAUUUAAGAUCAUUAAAUGAAGAAGAAAUGAAUUAUUGUUUAGAUAAUAUUGAAUGUCCUUAA